AUGGUUGACGAGGAGCUUCGCGUCGAAGCUGUUGUGGUGGACUACUACAUGAAUAGUCCACUACCUGCAGGAGCAAUUGAGAAACUUCCCAAUUCCCCGUGCUAUUUGCGAGCUCGCGAGGUUCCAGUCAUUCGACUCUUCGGUGCAACACCAGCUGGUCAAAAAGCUCUCAUACACAUCCAUGGCAUACUUCCGUAUUUCUACUUUCGUGCAAAUGACGAUCCGGAUUUCGAAGAUCCUGAGCGUCUUCGAAAGCUACUACCUCGAUUGGCAAAGGACAUUGAGAUCGCUAAUGCUUCUAAACAACAACAAAGACAACGAAAUAAUCCAAAAGCAAGAUCAAGUUCGAGUGCUGGUCGAGUAAUUGCCAAGGAACACCAUUCUACGGAUAUCAUCCACGACCAAAAAAAUGGAGAAAUUGGGGAUCGACAUUUUCAGCCGUAUGAAGCACACAUACCAUUUUUACUUCAGAUAUUUGCAGACUACAAUAUUGAAGGGUUGAACUAUGUGGCUUUUAGCAAUGUCAAGUUCCGUUUUCCUCUUCCAGUAGCACAAGAUCAUUUGACAAAAGGCGAAGAGUCAAAUGAACACCGUAUUUUCUUGCUUUCUACUACUCCCGCAACGAAAAUAAACGGAUUUCAUAAAAAUUCAACUCCUCUUGACGGACGAUACGCCCCGGUUCCACUACAGUCGAAAAGAUGGUUCGAACGGCAAUCAAGUUGUGCGCUGGAAGCUGAUGUAGCAGCUGCAUGCAUUUUAAACCCUGAACGCGUUCGUGAACAACAAAAAGCAGCCAACGGCUCAGGCGAGCUACGUAACGUGCCGUCGUUGGCAGCAAUUUGGGAUGAAGAACGCCUACGUCGUAUCGAUAAUGGUGAGAGAGGAACGCCAGAGAUGUCUCUUAGUCUCCAGCGCAACCCUGUCUCUCUCACAGGCUCCUCAAUAAGUGCUUCACCGGCAGAUUCGGCAUCUGCGCUUCUUUCUCAAUCAUUUUUUCAGAAAAGGAUGAAAGAAUCAUUAAGUGCGGUACUGAAUGAAUUAGAAAAGCAGGAACAGCGAUCAGAUGGUGGUGUUUUGGACCCUCACCGUCAAGAAUUUUCAGGUGAUGUGAUGUCGUGCGGUAAUUCGUUUACUGCUGAUAGCGAUUUCUCGUACAGUCAAGUUGAGCUCGAAGGCAAUGUUGAUAUGAACCAGGAAGACAAAGCAAUUGUUAAUCUUUUGUUGGAGAUGCAACAAGUGGGUGAAUCGAAUAACGAUGAUAACGAAUGGCACGACGAAGACCGGCAUGACGGUUACAUCACACCAGAUGACAAUGAAAACGAAGAUGUUGACAAAUUUAUAAAUCAAAGUGAUGAAAUUGAAGAUAUCUUGGCUUCACAACAGCUACUUGAAGAACACAAUGCUGGUCAAGAUACGAAACAUCAGUGGUGGGAUAUCGCAGAGCAGGACUCGAAAUCGACUGCUAGUCCUCUUAGCGAGCUAGGAAGUCCUCGCGUUAUUCUUCACACACCAAUGCAACGAUUUAAAAAGUCAGCUUCAAAGGCAGCAAGCGCUGCUAAAAGCAAGGCAAGUCCUGAGGAUUAUGCAUUGGUCGGCGACAUUGAAGACUUACUACCACCACGACCGCAAGAAGCGCUAUCUUCGAUCGUACCAGUCGAAGAAUCAAGUCCGAUCGAUCGUCUACAACUGUCGCUAACACCACAUCCACAGCCUAUUCGACCAAGUCCAAGAGCUCAGCCGCCAAUAACAGCGGCAGGCAACAAUCGCUUGUGGAUUUUCAGCCCCGAACCUCCAACUUUUUCGCAAAUUCUUGCGUCUUCGCGGACACUUGGAGUAAAUCCAGUGCAGUAUCAACAAGCCUAUUACAGCAACACAGCCGACAUCCCUGCAAAAGCAAUGAUGUUUGGCGGUAAGAAAUUUGACUUCUCUUCGCUCAGUACGAAAGAUUUACCCGAAUUUGAUACCACUGGAACGCGUCAGCUCUUAAAAACUCCUUACGAUGGUGGAGGUGGUGACAAUUUUAAGACUAAACAAUGGCGUAAGCUCUCCCAGUUACGGAUACAAAAGUCGCAUGAUGAAAGAGUUGGAAAGAUACGUCGUGUACGAAUGCCCGCAAGGUUGCCCCCAGACGCCUCCCUUGUCAGUGCAUGGCUACGUAAUGAUGCCGAAAGACGUCAAGUUUUAGACAAAGGACGACUCAAGCGUGCAAAUUUCUCAUUGACGCCACCUGUGUCACUUUCGAGUAAAUUGAAUUCGUCAGCUGUUUUGUCAAACAUUACGAUCUUAUCUAUCGAAAUAUUUGCGGAAUCUCGUGGCUAUAUGCUGCCAAAUCCUCUCCACGACCAAAUAAAAGUGAUAUGCUACGCAAUCGAUGCCCAAGAGGGGCCAACUGAUGCCAAGACGAAAGAAAGCGGUAUACUUUUGCUUAAUUUGGACGAUCUAGAGCAAGCAAGGCCCGAGAUUGUGGGUUUGUGCGUAGACAGCGGAAACAUAUCGGUAUCAUUUGCCUCGAAUGAGCGCGAACUUUUUAAGUUAUUGGAAGAUGUAGUGAGGCGAUGGGAUCCGGACUUUUUAACAGGAUUCGAAGUUCAGAAAGCCUCAAUAGGGUAUCUUGUUGAUCGGGCAUCUCAAAUGGAUGUAAAUCUCAUCCAGUUACUUUCACGUCUUCCGUCAGCUCCGAUAGAUCCUCGAAAUGCAACCACAGCUCCGAAUAUUGAAGGUGGUAGCCAAUCUGAAGUAUCUAUCGGCACAACUUGGGGAGUUAACAAGGCAGCUGGGUUAUGGGUUCACGGCAGGUACAUUCUCAACCUCUGGCGAAUGACUAGAUCCGAGCUCAAAUUAUCACGCUAUGCGCUCGAAGAUGUUAUUUGGGCUGUGCUUAAACGAACGUAUCCUGUAUACUCCUCUGAACGAUUAACGUCUUGGUUUCAGGAAGGUGGUCAAAUGCGUUGGAAGGUACUUCAAUACUUCUUGGAAAGAGCUACGAUUAAUCUUCAGAUUAUACAUAAAUUGCAGUUGAUUACGAGAACGAGCGAGAUGGCUCGUUUAUUUGGAAUCGAUUUCUACUCUGUUUUGUCUCGAGGAUCACAAUACCGAGUUGAGGCUGUGAUGCUACGAGUGACAAAACGUAAAAAUUUUCUGUUGAUCACACCGAAUAGGACUCAAGUGGCAGGUCAAGCUCCGAUGGAGUGCAUUCCAUUAGUGAUGGAACCGCACUCAAGCUUUUAUCCAGACCCUGUCGUGGUUCUUGAUUUUCAGUCUCUCUAUCCAUCGCUUGUAAUCGGGUAUAAUUUAUGCUACUCCAGCUUGUUGGGUCGCUUGAAAGAUGGACUGAAUCCCGAGCUAGAGACUUCACUUGGAGUAACUAGUUUUGCCCCAAGCGCUUCUGGACUAUUGCAGUGCCGAGAUGGAAUUAUUAUUGCGCCAAAUGGGACACUAUUUUGCCCAAAAAGUUUUCGACACGGAACCCUUCCACUUAUAUUAGACGAAAUUUUGUCGACUCGAAUCAUGGUAAAGAAGUCGAUGAAGACGGCCAGAAAUUUCAAGCAAGAACGUCUGGAGAAAGUUUUGAAUGCUCGACAGUUGGCGCUUAAGCUGAUCUCAAAUGUGACAUACGGGUACACAGCGGCUGGAUUUUCAGGGCGCAUGCCGUGUGCUCAAUUGGCUGAUGCCAUUGUCCAGACUGGGCGAUGUACCCUUGAAGCAGCUAUCCGAAUGAUAGAGGGGCGGGCGGAGUGGAAUGCCAAUGUUGUAUAUGGUGACACAGAUAGCGUUUUCGUGCUGCUUAAAGGACGAUCCAAACAAGAUGCAUUUCGAAUUGGCCAAGAAAUUGCUGAUGCUGUCACUGCAUCCAAUCCGAGACCAGUAACACUAAAGCUUGAAAAAGUCUACAUGGGCUGCAUUCUUGUUUCCAAAAAGCGUUAUGUUGGCAAUAAAUUUGAGUCGGCGACGCAAGAAGUUGGUAUCAUUGAGUCCAAGGGAAUUGAAACGGUCCGACGCGAUUCCUGUGGUGUAGUGCAACACUCAAUGCAGGCGUCACUCGAAACGCUCUUUGCAACUUGUGACUUAUCUGAGGUUAAAAAGUUAGUGGAGAAUUUCUGGAUCAACAUCUUGGAGAAUCGAGUGGCAUUGAAAGAUUUCAUUUUCGCAAAAGAAGUUCGUCUGGGAACGUAUAGUAAUGGAAGCGUCCCUCCUGCCGCACUUGUUAGUACAAAAGCCAUGGAAAAAGAUCCCCGGGCAGAACCUCGAUAUGCAGAACGGGUCCCGUACAUUGUAGUCAAUGGACGACCUGGUGCGCGUUUAAUGGACUUGGUUGUGUCACCGGAUGAUUUCGUUGACAAACGAAAGCGCUAUAGCAUUAACUAUCACUACUAUAUUGAUAAGCAGAUUAUUCCGAGUCUCGAACGGCUAUUUUUGCUGACCGGGGCCAAUAUUCGAUCGUGGUAUGCAGCAUUACCUCGAUCUUCUGUGAAAGCUCGCCAAUAUGCUGUCGACAUGAGUACACCUCCUCGUCCAAUUGGUCGCGGCUUUCGAUCGAUUGACUCGUACUAUUUAAGCAAACAUUGUCGGCUUUGUGGGUCCAUAGGUAACGAUACCCUUUGUCAAGAGUGCACUGCUAAUCCCCAACGAAGCCUGCUAGCAAUUCACACUGCCUCAACGAAUUAUGAAAAGGCGUCAAUGGCAUUAAAGGUUGCAUGUUCAGCGUGUGGUGGUCGAGAUGCCUUCUUAAAUUGUCGGAAUGUUGCCUGCCGCGUCUGGAACCACGUUCAACUUUUCGAAAUUGACAAAGCAACUUUGACGAGUCGCUUUUUACGAAACUUUUGGUAA